AUGGCUUCCCAAUCUUCAUCAUCAUCGGUGGAUCUCAUCACUGAUCAACAACAACAAGACGAAUCUUUUAUGAAACGUGCCAUUGAACUCUCCCGACAAGCUUGUUCUCCCUCUCACGGAUGUAAUCAUCCUUUUGGAGCUCUUUUACUCGACCAUAGCACUCAAACCAUCUUGUUGGAAGCAGAGAAUACAGUCAUCACGGAACAGGAUAAAACCAAACAUGCCGAGCUCAAUCUAUGCUCCAUGGCUUCUCGUAGAUUCUCUCGUGAAUAUCUCUCUGAGAAGUGUACUCUGUAUACCUCGACGGAGCCUUGUAUCAUGUGCAGUGGUGCAAUUUUCUGGGUCGGAAUUGGUCGUGUGGUCUAUGCAUGUUCUGCACAAAAGCUACGAGAGAUUGUCUCUAGAAAACAGAAGGGAGAGAAUGAGAAAACGAGUGGAAGUUUAACCUUGGGUUGUCAUGAGAUUUUUGAGGAGAGGUCGAAAGGAUUGAAAGUGCAAGUGGUGGGACCAGUGUUGGAGGAAGAAGCUGCUGCAGUUCAUGAAGAGUAUUGGUGA